GUGGGGCUUGGGGAAUGCACAGGGCCCUUCAGCUAGGAUUUUAUUUCUGAUGUUCUUUGAAUACAAGAGGCGACAAAUCCACUGACUUCAGGAGAUGAGGCUCCCCCAAACCCUUCCGCUCACCCUGCUGUUUCUGAGUUGCCUGGAAGGUGCUCCUGGCAAGAAAGGCAAAGAAAACCAUGAAAAAGCCAAGCCGUCCUCUCCUUGGGCACAGACUGGACAGUUCUCCACCCGGGACAAACACCUCUGCAGCUGGCAGCUGAUCCCAGGGGAAGAAGUCACCGAGAUCCACCUUAGCUGUCACCAGCUGGGAGAGGACAGUGGCAGAGGGCAGCAAUGCAUCUACCGGGGCCAGCCGGAAUUGUGCGCUGCUUAUCGCUCCAAAGGCCGUCAGUUUUGGAAGCAGAUCCUGGGUAAGCUCCGCAGAAAGCACCACCCAUGCCAGGACAGCAGUCCGCUCAAAUCCCGGCUUUGUAGCAGCAAAAAAGGGGCAUCCGAAGCAGAGCUGCACUUGGUACCCCCAACUCUGACCACAGCGGCCCCAGUGGCUGAGAGCACUGCUAAAGGCAAAGCCAAGGGAAAGGCCCAUGCUAAGGACUUGCCAGCACCACAGAAACCACCUCAGGCACCCAGAACUAGGGUACCCACUAGCUCUUCAAAGGCAGACGCCCCUGACAAGCGCAGCAAAGGAGGGAAGAAGAAAGUCACUCCCAGCUCCUCAGUGGCUCCAACCCACCUGUCCAGCGGCAGACCCAUGGCAGUUGUGGAAAGCACUGAACAGCCCACAGAGCUCAAUGCAGAUGUGGCAGCGGCCUACUGCGAAGAGAAGUGGCACUCGCUGUGUAAUUUCUUUGUGAAUUUUUGGAAUGGCUGAAUGAGUGGCCACCAGGGACAAAGGGGGUGGGGUGGGGGGGUGGAGCUAAAUGUACAGCAGAGAGCCUAGUUAGAGAGGAAGCCUGAUGGGGGCAUUUGCAGUGAAGUCAAGAUAAAGGAAAGAAUUAUGUUCUAGAGUGCCAACAGAAUGUGGCAAAAAUGUGGAGAGCUGUGUGCAGCUAUGAGGCUUUAUGGGGUGUAGCAUUUACACAUUCCUACUAAUCCAAUAGCAGCUGCGUUAACUGAGAGGCUAGGAUAUGGAAACUCUAUUUUUUCAUGAGUUAUGUGUUAAUAUCCCUCUUUCUUUGCAAGCUGAUCUCAAGUUGCAAGGAAAUUGCUCUGCUGUGUUAGACAUUUCUUUCUUAUCCAUGAUCCGGGUAGCUUAAUGCUUUGUCAAUAAAAGCUAUUUGGGAUUAUCCUAUUUGAA